AUGUCUGAUUACGAGAAGGGGGGCGAAGCUCCAUCGGAGGAGUAUCAACAACUCAUCCAAUUCAUUCGUGACCAGAAGUCCAACUCUGGUGACGAAGAGGUCGACGAUGGAUCGCGCGUCGUCAAGAAGCGCUCCCUCUUGACGCCUUGGAAGACGCGCGAGGUUCGCGUUAACAAGGAAGGUGAAGAGGAGGAAGUUGCCGCCAAGGUUCCUCCCUCUUGGCUCGAGACUGAUAUGAGCCAAGGUGUAUCGGAGGCCGAUGUCCACAAGCGUCGUCAAAUCUUUGGCUUCAACGAGCUCGAGAGUCCCCACGAAAACUUGUUCCUCAAGUUCCUCGGUUUCUUCAAGGGCCCAGUUCUUUACGUCAUGGAGCUGGCUGUCGUUCUGGCUGCUGGUCUCCGUGAAUGGAUCGACUUUGGUGUCAUCAUCGGUAUUCUUAUGCUUAACGCUUUCGUCGGUUGGUACCAGGAGAAGCAAGCUGGUGACAUCGUCGCUCAACUCAAGGCCGGUAUUGCUCUCAAGACCACCGUCGUUCGUGGCGGUCAGGAGCACGACAUCGAAGCACGUGACUUGGUUCCCGGUGACAUCGUCGUCGUUGAGGAUGGUAUGACCAUUCCUUGCGACGGUCGUCUCCUUGCCGACUACGAGGACAAGGACUUGAGCGGUGCUAACAAGAUUCGCGAGAAGAUGGAGGCUUCUCGUCGCGCUGGCGCCGGUGAAGGCGAGGACGACGAAGGUAUCGACAAGGGCCCUGCAAUCAUCGCCUGCGACCAGUCCGCCAUCACCGGAGAGUCUCUCGCUGUCGACAAGCACAUUGGUGACACCGUCUUCUACACCACUGGAUGCAAGCGAGGAAAGGCGUACAUUCUCUGCACUGACAUUGCCAAGCAAACCUUUGUUGGCCGUACCGCUGCUCUCGUUCUUGGUGGCGCUCAGACCAAGGGCCACUUCCAAAUCGUCAUGGACUCCAUCGGUGGUGUUCUUCUCGUUCUCGUCAUCGUCUUCAUCCUCAUGUUCUGGAUCUCCGGCUUCUUCCGUGGUACCGGUAUCGCUACUCCUCGGGACAACAACUUGCUCAUCUACUCGCUCAUUUUCCUGGUCAUUGGUGUCCCCGUUGGUCUUCCUUGUGUUACCACCACCACCAUGGCUGUCGGUGCAGCUUACCUUGCAAGACGCCAAGCGAUCGUUCAGAAGCUCACUGCCAUCGAGUCUCUUGCUGGUGUGGAUGUUCUUUGCUCCGACAAGACUGGUACGCUCACGGCCAACAAGCUGUCCAUCCACGAGCCUUUCACUUCCGAGGGUGUUGACCCCAACUGGAUGAUGGCUGUCGCCGCUCUCGCCUCCUCGCACAACGUCAAGUCUCUUGAUCCCAUCGACAAGGUCACGAUCUCGACUCUCCGCGACUACCCUGGUGCCAUCGAGGAGCUCGGCAAGGGCUGGAUCACUCACAAGUUCACUCCUUUCGACCCCGUUUCUAAGCGUAUUACUUCCGAAGUUGAGAAGGACGGUGUUCAAUACACUGCUGCCAAGGGUGCACCCAACGCCAUCCUCAAGCUCUGCGCACCUGAAAAGGAGACUGCUGACCAGUACCGCAAGGUCGCUGCCGACUUCGCUUCCCGUGGUUUCCGUUCGCUCGGUGUGGCGAUCAAGGAAGGCAACAACAGAUGGCAACUUCUCGGUCUGCUGCCCAUGUUCGACCCCCCUCGCUCCGACACUGCCGCUACUAUCGCCGAGGCUCAAACGCUUGGUGUUUCGGUCAAGAUGCUUACUGGUGACGCCGUCGCAAUCGCAAAGGAGACCUGCAAGAUGCUUGCUCUUGGAACCAAGGUCUACGACUCUCACCGUCUCAUUGGCUCCGGUGGUAUGAGCGGCUCUGCUAUCCACGACUUCGUCGAGGCUGCAGAUGGUUUCGCUGAGGUUUUCCCCGAGCACAAGUACCAAGUCGUCGAGAUGCUGCAACACCGUGGACACUUGACUGCCAUGACUGGUGAUGGUGUGAACGACGCCCCGUCUCUCAAGAAGGCCGAUUGCGGUAUUGCCGUCGAAGGUGCUUCCGAUGCUGCUCGUUCCGCCGCCGAUGUCGUCUUCCUCGACGAAGGUCUGUCCACCAUCAUCACCUCGAUCAAGGUUGCUCGCCAGAUUUUCCAUCGUAUGAAGGCUUACAUUCAGUACCGUAUCUCGCUCUGCUUGCACCUCGAGAUCUACUUGGUACUGUCCAUCAUCAUUCUCGACGAGACCAUCCGCGCCGACCUGAUCGUCUUCAUUGCCCUGUUCGCCGAUCUUGCCACCAUCGCUAUCGCCUACGACAACGCUCCCGCAGCUCGUGCACCCGUCGAGUGGCAGCUUCCUCGUAUUUGGAUCAUCUCGACCAUUCUCGGUAUCUUGCUUGCCAUCUCCACCUGGAUCAUCCGCGGUACCCUGUUCAUCGAGGGAUCCGGCGAGAGCGGCGGAAUCAUCGCCAACUUCGGUAACACGCAAGAAAUCCUGUUCCUUCAGGUUUCCCUUGUCGAGAACUGGCUUAUCUUCGUUACCCGUCUUGGCGGUGGCGAGUCUGACAUCACCCUGCCAUCUUGGCAACUUGUUGGUGCCGUUGCUGGUGUGGACGCCAUCUCGACCAUCUUCUGCUUGUUCGGCUGGCUCUCCGGUGCCCCUAACCGUAACCCCAUCACUGCUCCUCACGGUGGAUGGACCGACAUCGUUACCGUUGUCCGUGUCUGGGCCUACUCCUUCGGUGUCAUGGUCGUCAUUACGCUCGUCUACUUCAUCCUCAACCGAAUCUCUUGGCUCGAAAACCUCGGCAGACGCCAGCGUGCCCACAAGUCUCCCCUCCUCGAGGACUUCAUGAUGUCUUUGCAAAGGCUCACCAUUGUUCACGAGAAGGCGGCCAAGGAGGGCGAGAACGACGUCUACUCCUUCGCUCAACGUCUCGAGAUCGAGGACGAGUAA